AUGCCCGAACUUGCAGAGGUGUCACGCAUUGUGCAUUUUAUCCGCCAACACCUGGUGGGAAAAACCCUGUCCAAAGUCCAAGCACAGCACGACGACAUCGUAUAUGGCAAGGUUGGGACCAGCGCGGCUGAGUUUCAGAAGGCGAUGACCGGCAAGGAGAUCGUUGGCGCGGGUCAACAAGGGAAAUACUUCUGGAUCACGAUGUCUUCACCUCCACACGCGGUGAUGCACUUUGGAAUGGCGGGAUGGCUGAAGAUCAAGGACGCCGACACAUACUACUAUCGCUCGGACAAGCCUGCAGAUAAGGAGUGGCCUCCCAAGUAUUGGAAAUUUUUGCUGGAGACCAGUGAUGAGCUCAAAACCGAGGCUGCGUUUGUGGAUCCCCGCCGAUUGAGCCGUAUCCGCUUGGUGGAUUGUCCCGCCGAUGACAUUCGCCAACACACUCCUCUCAAGGAGAACGGGCCGGACCCGGUUGCAGAUAAAGAUAUCGUGACAGAAACAUGGUUGAUAGAGAAGCUGAGGAGUAAGAAGGUCCCCAUCAAGGCUCUUCUCCUUGAUCAGGUCAACAUCAGUGGCAUUGGUAAUUGGAUGGGAGAUGAGAUCCUGUACCAUGCCAAACUCCACCCUGAGCAAUACAGCAACACGUUGUCCGAUGACCAGAUAAAAGAACUUCAUACAUCGAUCCACUAUGUGUGUUCCACUUCCAUCGAUGUCCUAGCAGACUCGGAGAAGUUUCCUGAGCACUGGCUUUUCAAGCAUCGCUGGGGCAAGGGCAAAAAGAACCAACCAUCCAUGCUUCCUAACGGGGACAAGAUCACAUUUCUGACUGUUGGUGGCCGUACGAGUGCUGUCGUUCCGGCGGUCCAGAAGAAGACCGGCGCUGUUGCGAAAGAGAUUGAAGACGAUGGCAAUGGGGCGUCUUCGAAGCGAAAGCGGGAUGUGAAGCAGGAAAAUGAUUCAGAUGCUGGAGAGAAAACGGAGUCCAAGGGCCGUGGUACGAAGCGUAAGAGCAACCCAGUGGUAAAGAAAGAAGAGGGUGAAGAGAAGGUCAAUGUUGGCAGGCGUCGGUCUACGCGUUCAAGGUAUUAA